AUGCUCAAACCACAGGCCAAUUCAACCAGAGAUAUCGUUUCUUUGGACGGCAUCUGGAACUUUGCAAUUGCAUCAUCACCCGACAUUGAAGCAGACGCACCAUGGUCUAAGCUCAUCCCGCCAAAGCUUCAAGUACCCGUACCCGCCAGCUACAACGACAUCUUUGCAGAUGAAAAGAUUCGCAGUCACGUUGGAUGGGUGUACUAUCAGCGUCAAGUCACAGUACCUCGCGGCUGGUCGCCUGAGAAUCAGAGAUAUUUCUUGCGAUUUGACGCAGCAACCCAUCGCGGCCGUGUCUACGUAAAUGACAAGCUAGUCGCCGACCAUGUUGGCGGAUACACCCCUUUCGAGGCAGACAUCACUAGCAUCAUCAAACCCGGCGAGAGAUUCCGCUUGACUGUGACCGUGAGUAACGAGCUGAGCUGGGAGACGAUUCCUCCCGGCAAAAUCCAGACCCUCGCCAACGGCAAGCGGAAGCAGAACUAUCAGCAUGAUUUCUUCAACUAUUCCGGGCUAGCACGGUCGGUGUAUUUGUGUUCGAAGCCGGCGGUAUCCAUCAUCGACAUCACCGUCGUAACGGACAUCUUUGAGUCGAGAGCAGGCAAAGUUCAAUACAAGGUUGAAACUUCGCAGCCGGUGGAGGAUGACAAGGUCAAGAUCUCUGUUCUUGACGAGGAGGGGUUGACUGUGGCUCAAGCAAAUGGGACAAAAGAUGAGCUGACGAUCAACUCGGCGCAUCUGUGGCAACCCGGCGCGGCGUAUCUGUACCAACUCCGUGUGGAGAUCCUAUCAGACUCCGACAAAGAUGAGGUUCUCGAUACCUAUGAACUUCCCUUCGGCAUCCGCACAAUCUCGGUCAAGGGAAAUCAGUUCCUCAUCAACGGCAAGCCCUUUUACUUCACCGGCUUCGGCAAGCAUGAAGACUCACCAAUCCGCGGCAAGGGCUUCGAUCCGGCCUACAUGAUUCACGAUUUCCAUCUCAUGCGCUGGAUGGGAGCCAACUCGUUCCGGACAGCUCACUACCCCUACGCCGAAGAGGUCCUUGACUACGCCGACCGACACGGAAUCGUCGUCAUCAACGAGACUCCGGCGGUGGGUAUCAACCUCGGCAUCAUUGCUGGCGUCUUUGGACUCAAGGCGCCUCCUACUUUUGCCCCCGAUGCGUGCAACGAGAAGACGCAGGCGGCGCAUGACCAGGCUAUCAGAGAGCUUGUGGCGCGAGACAAGAACCAUCCGUCGGUGGUGAUGUGGACAGUUACCAACGAGCCUGCGUCGGCGGAGCCCGGUGCAAGGGAGUAUCUCGAGCCGCUAGUCUCGUUGACGCGCGAGCUGGACCCGACGAGACUGGUCUGCUUCGCGAACAUGGGAUUCGCUACGUUCGAGAAGGACCUCGUGACAGACUUGUUCGACGUCAUCUGCCUGAACCGCUACUACGGAUGGUACUCUCAGACAGGCGAUCUAGAAGAGGCGGAGCAGGUAUUGGAGAAGGACCUGCUUGGAUGGCAGGCCAAGUAUGGUAAGCUCAUGAUCAUGACAGAGUACGGCGCCGAAGCUGUGGCGGGGCUACACGCCGUAUGUGACGUCCCCUGGAGCGAGGAGUACCAAGGCAAGUUUCUCGAAAUGUUCCACCGAGUAUUUGAUCGUGUUGAGACCGUUGUUGGAGAGCACGUUUGGAACUUUGCGGAUUUCCAGACGACAUCGAGGGCAGCCGAGGCACCCCGCAUCUUAUCUCAAGCCCAAGACUACAAGAACAGUUCAACUCAAGUUCAUGAGAGGGCUGUAAUUGACUGGUUUUACAUUUCAACGCUGGCAUUAUUCCAAUUGCAAAACUCUACCGUGAACAUGGCACGCCUUCCGUACCCCGAUGUCAACGGAACUCCCCUCAACAUCUCCAAGCUUCUCGCACAUAGCCCAGCCACUGUCAACCAUUGGUCAAAAAUCGCAGGCGCUCACUUCAAAGAUCUCGAGUUAUCCUCCAAGAACCGGGAGUUAGUCAUUCUUCUCAGCACAGCAAAGUUCCGGUCCACCUACGAGUGGACGCAUCACAGCACAGUCUCCGCCAAGGAGGGUGUCACUGACGCCCAGCGCGAAGUGAUUGCCCAGGCUGGAAGACAGAAGGGAUACUUCUCUUCUCAAGGGAAACUAGAAUCUCUUGCAGAAUUGUUCACGUCAAAGGAAAAAGCCCUCCUAUUGUUUAUCGAGGCCGUUAUUGACGGGCCAGAGGUUGCGGAUGAGCUAUGGACGAAAGCCAAGACUGAGUUUUCUGACCGAGAAGUCGUGGAAAUGAUUACUCUGCAGGGUUUCUACUACACCUUUUCACGCCUCACAACCGUCUUGAAUGUAGAAUUGGAGCCCUUCGCCAAGCCAUCUAAGCUUUGA